AUUGAUGCAGAGAAGGCAGGACAAGGACAAAUGUCUCUGCCAGAGCAGAUCUCCUUGGACAAGUCAUCCCACCAAAAGGCCAGAGAUGCAUUCAGGGUUAAAGGAAUCUCUGGAAGUUGUGUAGCUCAGCCUCCUGCUCAGGAAAUGUCUCUGAAUAACACCAAGUCCACUCAUCCAAGGAUGUGCAUGCAGAGCUGAGUGAUGUUUGGCUGUGUGGUGUGUGCAGAUGAUAAAUGCACAGCACUGGUGUGAUUUUACACAACUCUAAGUAACAUUUACUCCUCUCUUCUUUUAUUCUGAACAGCACUAACCAUUGGGAUCUCACUCUCUCACUCCAGCUUAGGGAUGAUGCUUUCAAAUAAAAUAUUCUUCUCCUUUACUGACUCUCAUAAGCACAACAGAGCUAUUCCCACUCCUGAAACACCAAUCCAGGUUGUGUGACCCAGGAGUAGUUUAGAUCUAGUUUUAUGACUAACCAGGGUUUCUACAAAUGAAAACAGAGAGCUUGGGACACAGCUGUCCAGAGCAAGUCUAUUGGACUACUAGACACAUUUCCUGCUCCAGAGGAGAAGUGCUCUUCUGCUUCUCUUCCAUAUUCUCUCACAUAUCUCUGUCUCCAGGAUGCGCUCUGUAGUCAUUAAAACAUUAACAGGUGCAGCAAAUUUACUCUGUCCGCAUCCCCACCCCCAGGAAAAUUAACCCUCAUCUGUAGAAUGCCACCUUCAUGCCUCAGACACAAACCUUGAGCUGCAGCACAGCUGCCUUCAGGAGGCCUUGUGGCACUUGUCAGGCUGGAGAAGGACAAGAUGUCCCUAUUCAUCCCCACGAGUGACAGUGCUCUGGCACCUUUGAUCUACUCUCUAGAGCAGGGAGGGAAUGGCUGGUGACAAAGUGCAGCCUGCAGCACUGCACUGUAUCAUCAGAAUGGACUGGUGUGCCAGUGCAGGUGCUCAUUUUAUCACACUGGAUUAGGGCUUUAGUGCUCACACAGUUUAAACAUUAAUAUUUGCCUAUUUAAGCCAUAGGCACCGGCACAGCCUGGCCACAGAGGUGCUGCCAUGGCUGAGUUUGGGGACCUUUUAAAGGCUCUGGGGGAGUUUGGGCUCUAUCAGAAACUGCUGAUCCUGCUCCUCUCCCUCCCACUCCUUCUCAACCCUUUCCAAAUGGUUGGCCAAGUGUUCAUGGUGGUGGAAGUGCCUCACCACUGUGACACCAGCUGGAUCCUCGCCGUGGGCCCCAACCUGACAGAGGAAGAGCAGCUGAACCUCACCCUGCCCCGGGGCCCCGACGGGCACUUUGAGCAGUGCUCCAUGUUCUCCCCGGUGGACUGGGACCUGGAUUCCAUCCUGGCCUAUGGGCUGAACCACACUGAGAAGUGCAGCAGUGGCUGGGUGUACCCCUCCGAGCAGCCACCGUCCCUGCUGACCGAGUUUGACCUGGUGUGUGACAGGGCGGUCCUGAAUGAUGUCUCCCAGUCCAUCUACAUGGCUGGCCUUCUCAUUGGAGCCAUGGUCUUUGGGAUGCUGAGUGACAGGAUAGGCAGACGGCCAGUCUUUCUCAUCUGCAUCCUCCUGCAGGCCGUCUUUGGCCUGGCAACUGCCUUUGUGCCCCAUUUCUAUAUGUUCAUGGCCUUCAGGUGUGUCGUGGGAGCUGCCGUGUCAGGAAUUAUGAUUGUAGUCGUGUCCCUGGCUACAGAAUGGGUUGGUGUCUCCCACCGGACAAAGGCGCUGCUCAUCACUCACACGGCUUUUGCCAUUGGGCAGAUGUCAGUGGCUGGUUUGAGUUAUGGAAUUCGCCACUGGAGGCUGCUGGAGAUUGCAGGAUCUGCUCCUAUGUUUGCCCUUUUCUUCUAUAUUUGGGUGCUCCCAGAGUCAGCUCGCUGGCUGGUGACCAAGGGCAGAAUCGAGGAAGCCAAGAAGGUGCUGCAGAAAGCGGCGGCCACCAACAAGCGCAGCCUCCCACCAGAGCUCCUGGAGCAGUUGAAGCCUGAGAAAGAGGUCAAGUCUGGAAGUUUCCUGGAUCUCUUCAGGACAAAGAACCUGCUGAAGGUGACUUUAAUCAUGGCGUCUGUCUGGUUUGCAGACAGCAUUGUCUACUAUGGGCUGAGCCUCAGCGUGACAGAUUUUGGCCUGGACAUCUACCUGACACAGCUGGCCUUUGGGGCAGUGGAACUUCCAGCUCGAAUUUCCUGCAUUUUCCUGCUGGAAUGGUUUGGGAGGAAGAAAGUGCAGGGCCUUCUCCUGCUGCUGGCUGGCACAAUAUGCCUCAUCCUCACUGGCAUCCCUGAAGAACAGCCCGUGGUAAUCACUGUCCUGGCUGUCAUCGGCAAGUUCACAGCCACGGCUGCUUUUUCCACCUCCUACGUCUACGCCGCUGAGCUCUUCCCCACCAUCCUCAGGCAGACGGGCGUGGGGCUGUGCUCGACCAUGGCGAGGGUGGCCGGGAUCCUGGCCCCGCUGAUCAUUCCCCUGGCCCGGUACCACCGGGCCAUCCCCAAAGCCAUCUUUGGGAGCAUCCCUGUGCUGGUGGCCCUGUUCUGCAUCCUGCUGCCCGAGACCCGUGGCAUUGACCUGGCAGAUGACACAGGGAACAAAGAACAUCCAGAUGAGGAGCAGAAAACCGAAGUGUCUCUCUGA